ACAAGCUCCCAACCCAACUUGUUGCCCAUCAGCCACACCAUCGGUGUUGAGGUUGGCAUUGACCCUAACCAGCAUUGUUAACCUAACGAGCCCCAUCAACCUAACGAGCCUCGUUAACCUAACGAGCCUUGUUAACCUAACGAACCUCAUCAACCUAACGAGCCUCGUUAACCUAACGAGCCCCAUCAACCUAACGAGCCUCAUCAACCUAACGAACCUCAUCAACCUAACGAGCCUCGUUAACCUAACGAGCUUUGUAGACCCAACAAGCUCCCAACCCAACCCGUUGCCCAUCAGCCACACCAUCGGUGUUGAGGUUGGCAUUGACCCCAACCGCCACCACCCCCUCAUUAACCUCAUUAACCUCGUUAACCUCAUUACCCUAAUGAACUCCUCUCCUUUCUGGCACGCCUCCACCACCCCCCCAGACGACUACGACCUCUUCAACUUCACCUUCAACCCCGACGACGCCGUCGGUCACCACCACAUCCCAUGGAGUUACCGCGUGGCCUUGGCUCUCUACGCCGCCAUUUUCCUCCUCGGCAUCCCCGGCAACGCGGCGGUGGUUUGGCUGAGCUCCACGGCGCAGCGCCGCGCCGUCCCCGCCGUCUGGUUCCUCCACCUGGCCGUGGCCGACCUGCUGUGCUGCGCCGCGCUGCCCUUCCUGGCCAUCCCCGUCGCCGGCGACCAUCGCUGGCCUUUGGGCGACUUCGGUUGCAAACUCUUCCCGGCGCUGGCGGUGCUCAACAUGUACUCCAGCGUUCUCCUAUUGGGCGCCAUCAGCGCCGACCGCUGCCUUAUGGUCACCCGCCCAGCCUGGUGCCACAACCACCGCACGCCGCGCGCCGCGCACCGCGUCUGCUUCACCGUAUGGUUGGCGGCCGCCGUCCUCACCGUGCCCACCUUCCUCUUCCGCGCCGUCCGCCACGAUUCCUUCGCCGAGGCCGAGCUGUGCGUGGUUGAUUACGGGCAGCACCGUCGCUUCACCGAAGCCUUCACCGUCGCCCUCCGCUUCGUCGCCGGAUUCCUCCUCCCUUUCUCCGCCAUCACCGUGUGCCACGCGCUCCUCCUGGCCCGGCUCCGUGCUCGGCGUUUCUCCAACACCCGCCGCGCCGCCGGCACCGUGCUGGCCGUGGUGAUCACCUUCUUCGUGUGCUGGUUGCCGUAUCACGUCGUGGGUUUGAUCCUCGCCUCCACCACGUCGAGCUCCGCGAUCUACCGGGGGGCGGCGGCGGUGGAUCCGGUGCUCACCGGCUUGGCCUACGCCAACAGCUGCGCCAAUCCGCUCAUCUACGCGGUGGCGGCGGGGAGGAGGGGAGGGUGGGGAGGCGGGGAGCAGGGCAGGAGGUCGUGGUGCGCGGCGCUGCGCCGCGUGCUGAGCGAGGAGCCCAAC